AAAGUAAUGAAAUGAACCAUCCAUCCAUCCCCAAACGAUUCAGAAAAAGAGAGAAGAGGCUUAGAAAAAUCAAUUGGCUGGGAUCUGAUGAUGCAUAAAAAUUGAUUCAGACAUCCCACCGCACUCACUAAAUCUUCUCCAUGCUAAUGAUCCUUUCAUGAUUCUUCUCUCCUAGGUUGUGACACACUUGUGCUGGACAGGAGACCACUUGUCUUGUGAGCCAUGUGCUUUCUUCUGCACUUCUGCUCUCUCUGCACACACUCCACCUAAAAGAUCCCACAUUUCCUUUUGCUUCCUCUGUCUCUUGGCCAUUUCCCAAGAACCGAAGAUCCCCACGAAGCUCCGAGCUUUUCCACUUGUGGGUUGCCGCGAUCUUUCGUGGUAGCUUUGAUUGCCGGGUCGAUUUCUUGAUGUGGAGCUGAAACGUCGUCUGGGUUGCUCGGCGGCUCCAAGUUGGAAUCUUUAGGCAGACCCAUUUUUCGGACCAGUGAAGCAAUGUACCACAAGUCAUCGAGAAUGUCGACGGGGCAGCGGUUGAUGUACCCGAUUCUCGGCAUCGCGUCCUGCAUAGCUUUCAUCUACGUUUCGUUCAGUGAUCUGAGCUUCGGCGACUACCAUGCAGAGCAGAAGAUGGACUUCGUGAGACGGAAUGGGACUCAUCUCGUGGUGGAUGACGGUAAAAUGUUUUAUGUGAAUGGUUGGAACUCGUACUGGUUGAUGGAUCAAGCGGUGGAUGAGUACAGCAGACCCAGGGUCCGAGCCAUGUUUCAGACCGGUUCGAAGAUGGGCAUGACCGUUUGCCGAGCUUGGGCCUUCAACGAUGGAGACUACAAUGCGCUCCAGAUUUCACCUGGACGGUUUGAUGAGCGAGUCUUUAGGGCAUUGGAUUAUGUCAUUGCAGAAGCCAGACGGCAUGAAAUCAGGUUGCUUUUUAGCUUAGUUAAUAACUUGGAAGCAUAUGGUGGCAAGACUCAGUAUGUCAAGUGGGCGUGGGAAGAAGGCAUUGGUUUAAGCUCGUCAAAUGAUUCAUUCUUCUAUGAUCCUUCUAUUCGGCAGUACUUCAAAGAUUAUGUCAAGGUUAUCCUAACAAGGAAGAACACCAUUACUGGAGUUGAAUAUAGGAAUGAUCCCACCAUUUUUGGAUGGGAGUUAAUAAAUGAGCCACGUUGCAUGACAGAUAAUUCGGGUGAUACUCUUCAGGAUUGGAUUGUGGAAAUGUCAGCAUAUGUAAAAUCAAUUGACAAGAACCAUCUGCUGACUGUGGGCCUUGAGGGAUUUUAUGGUCCCAAUAGUCCGAAAAAGCCAACUGUGAACCCUGGAGAGUACUUUUCACUACUUGGAUCUGAUUUCAUUAGGAAUUCUGAGAUACAGAACAUUGAUUUUGCCUCUGCGCAUAUCUAUCCAGACCAUUGGUUUAAAAAUCAAGAUUUUGAGGAGGAGUUGAAAUAUGUCGCAUUGUGGACGCGCUCUCACAUUGAUGAUGGUGAUAGGAUACUGAGGAAGCCAAUCAUGUUCACUGAGUUUGGUUAUUCGACUCUAAACAAGGACUUCGAUCCUUCAAAACGAGACAGGUUCUUCAAAACCAUUUAUGAUGUGAUAUAUAAAUCAGCGAAGAAACAGGGAGCUGGAGCGGGUUCUUUUGUGUGGCAAUUUUGGGUGGGAGGAAUGGAGAAAUAUAACGAUGAUUUCGGUAUCGUUCCCUGGGAGAGGCCAGAGACCUACAAGCUGAUUACACAACAUUCAUGCAGAAUGGCCAGAAUUCGGGGAUCGGCUGAGCUUAAGGGUAAUUUGAAGGAGUUGUGUUCACAAUGAUAUUGAUGGCGUUGAUUCUUUUAUAGGAGUACUUUUUUCUCGUCUGAGGCUAAGUAUGAUUAGGUGCCACUGAUGGUGUGAAAGCAAGUGGGACUGGUGAUCUUCUUGUACCAUAUCCUUUACAUGUACACAUGUUUUAGACCGAAUGGAUUUCAUUUUAAGUGCUAUGAAUUAAAGAAGCUAAGAUAAUGUGUUUUGUGAGUUUUGAGAGGAAUAGAGUUCAGGGCAAUAGUUUCUUC